ACAGGAAAAGAAUAAAAAGUUGUAAUUCAAUUUUCAAUUUUGUUGAGAGGCGGAGGCAAAGGCAAAGGCAAAGGCAAAGGCAGCUUCAAGCAAUGGCUGCCAAAAAGCUGUACAAGUCGUUCUCGAACUUGAAGAGUUUGAUGGAAGAGGUUCAUAGAUGGGGAUGCAUGAAGCAGACAGGUGUCAGCUUGAGGUACAUGAUGGAGUUUGGUUCAAAACCUACUGACAGAAAUCUCUUAAUCUCUGCCCAGUUUCUUCACAAGGAGCUUCCUAUUAGAAUCGCUAGGCGCGCUAUUGAACUUGAGACCCUUCCUUAUGGCUUAUCUGAAAAGCCUGCCGUUCUCAAGGUUAGAGAUUGGUAUCUGGAUUCAUUUCGGGACAUGAGGUCAUUUCCAGAGAUAAAGGAUUCAAGUGAUGAGAGGGAAUUUACACAAAUGAUCAAGGCGAUUAAGGUGAGGCACAAUAAUGUGGUACCCAUGAUGGCAUUGGGAGUUCAACAGUUAAAGAAAGGGAUGAAUCCCAAGAUUGUUUAUGAGGAUCUUGAUGAGAUUCAUCAGUUUCUGGAUCGGUUUUACAUGUCGAGAAUUGGAAUUCGUAUGCUUAUUGGGCAACAUGUUGAGUUGCACAAUACAAAUCCCCCUCAUUGUGUUGGUUGUAUAGAUACAAAAAUGUCUCCGAUGGAGGUUGCAAGGAAUGCCAGUGAGGAUGCACGUAGUAUUUGUUUUUGGGAGUAUGGCAGUGCUCCUGAUGUUAAUAUAUAUGGUGAUCCCAAUUUUACAUUCCCGUAUGUUCCCUCACACUUGCAACUUAUGGUAUUUGAAUUGGUUAAGAAUUCAUUGCGUGCUGUUGAAGAACGUUUUUUGGACUCAGAUAAAGUCGCUCCUCCUAUUCGAAUAAUAGUUGCUGAUGGAUUGGAGGAUGUUACUAUUAAGGUCUCUGAUGAGGGGGGUGGCAUUCCAAGAAGUGGUCUCCCCAAAAUAUUCACAUAUCUUUAUAGCACAGCAAAAAGCCCAUUGGAUGAAAAUUUAGAUCUUGAUUCAACAGAUGCGGUAACAAUGGCUGGAUAUGGAUGUGGGCUUCCAAUAAGCCGCCUCUAUGCACGGUAUUUUGGUGGAGAUCUGCAAAUUAUCUCUAUGGAAGGAUAUGGAACGGAUGCAUAUCUUCAUUUGUCACGUUUGGGGGAUUCACAAGAGCCGCUGCCAUGAAAUUAGGUGGAUCUUCUCAAAAAACUGUUAUUGAAAAUACUAGACAAAUGGUGUAAAUUUUGUUCAAGGGAUCCAUUCCUGUCAAAUAUAAGCUUAAUAAAUUGGCAGUUUCCCUGCCUGUUCUUGGUUCUUGGCCA